GGUCCGCACGAACCUGCCACAACUGUCUCCCCAGAAUCCAGUGUUCGGGGUCAUGGCGGCCCAGAUCCUCCUGCUCCUGCUCUCGGGGGCCCUGGCCGUGACCCAGACCCGGGCAGGCUCCCACUCCAUGAGGUAUUUCAGCACUGCCGUGUCCCGGCCCGGCCGCGGGGAGCCCCGGUACAUAGAAGUCGGCUACGUGGACGACACGCAGUUCGUGCGGUUCGACAGCGACGCCUCGAAUCCGAGGAUGGAGCCGCGGACGCCGUGGAUCGAGCGGGAGGGGCCGGAGUAUUGGGAGCGGGAGACACGGAGAGCCAAGGGCACCGCACAGACUUACCGAGUGGGCCUGGGGAACCUGCGCGGCUACUACAACCAGAGCGACGCCGGGUCUCACACCAUCCAGUGGAUGUAUGGCUGUGAAGUGGGGCCCGACGGGCGCCUCCUCCGCGGGUACACUCAGUGGGCCUAUGAUGGCGCCGACUACAUUGCCCUGAACGAGGACCUGCGCACCUGGACGGCGGCGGACACGGCUGCUCAGAUCACCCAGCGCAAGUGGGAGAAGGCCCGGGAGGCCAAGAAUCAGAGGGCCUACUUGGAGGGCACGUGUGUGGAGUGGCUCCACAGGUACCUGGAGAACGGGAAGGAGAUGCUGCAGCGCGCAGAACCCCCAAAGACAGAUGUGACCCACCACCCCAUCUCUGACCGUGAGGCCACACUGAGGUGCUGGGCUCUGGGCUUCUACCCAGCGGAUAUCACCCUGAUCUGGGAGCGGGACGAGGAGGACCAGACCCAGGACAUGGAGCUUGUGGAGACCAGGCCUGCGGGGGACGGGACCUUCCAGAAGUGGGCAGCCAUGGUGGUGCCCUCUGGAGAGGAGCAAAGAUACACAUGUCGUGUGAAGCACGAGGGGCUGACUGAGCCUCGCACCCUGAGAUGGGAGCCACAGUCCAUCAUGGGAAUUGUUCCUCAGUCCAUCAUGGGAAUUGUCGCUGGCCUGGUUGUCUUUGGACUGCUGGUUGUUGGAGGUGUGGUGGCUGCAGUUGUGAUCUUGAGGAAGAAGAACUCAGGUGAAAAGGGAAGGAGCUACACUCAGGCUGCAAGCAGCGACAGUGCCCAGGGCUCUGAUGUGUCUCUCACAGCCUAAUGGUGAAACCCUGGGUGGCCUGACAUGGGCAGGGGUUGGGGCAGAGGGAACAUGACUGGGUUAUGGGGACACUUUUCAUCUGGACAUUUUGAUCAUUUGGUAGGAUGUUCAGAGUGUCAAUACUUGGAGUGACUGACAUGAGUUUAUUUAUACUUACUGUUUUCUGUGGUGUGAGACCGCUGACUUCUGUGGGACGGAGUGAUACAAGAUUUGUUCACACCCACUUUGUGAUUCAAGGCUUCCGUUGCUGCAACUGGUUUUUGAAUGUACCUGCGUUCCUAUCAUCAUAAUGUGAGGAUGUGGUGGGACUCCCCCACCGUUGCCCACCAGGACGCCCUCCUCACACUGACCUGUGUCCUUUCCCCUGGAUCUACGUUUCCUGUUCCCGCAGAGACAGGGCCAGGAUGUCUCCAUCCCUGUUGUAACUUCUCUUGCUCUGAGCUGCAGGAAACUGAGCCUCACUUAGCAGCAAGCUGUCCACAUUACUGAGAAACAGUCCUUUUUCCGAGGGAUAAGAAUCAGGCAGCUUUGUCUGCAACGUCAGAUUUUGCUCUUUACAUCAUGCAGCGACAGACUAUGCUAUGGAAGCUUCCAAGGUAAAACAAAGGGAUCGUGCAGAAAAGGCCCAUGGUCACCAUCUGCUGGAGCCCUUCAGUGGCAGAAGUUACUGGAGCCAUUCCACAGGUCAGGGACGAGAGCACGUACCCAUCUGAGCCAGUGGAACUGUUGAAAUUGCCUUGUAUGGCAUCUUUAACGAUUUGUUUGGCCACCUGCUCUGGUUUGCAGAUAGAUGUGGUCUCUGAAAUAGGUCGAGUCUCCAAAGGCUUUGUUUUUUUUUCUUCUGCGAGCCCGGGGGUGUCUGUGUCUGGUAGGUAGGCCACUGUAACAUAGAUGUUAUACAGCUUCAUCUCCAUCUGCAAAGCUUCAGCUCAUCCUCUUAAGGCGAACUUGGACAAAGGGUAGGCCGUGAAGCCGAAUAAACCCAACUGUCUCGCCCAGGAGGACACAAAGACGCUGCUGCCUGCGUGGCACUCCUUCAUGGUGGUGAUCACUGCGCGGCUGGGGUACACGCUGCCCAGGUAGUUGAUGCUCAUUAGUCUUUCGAAAGUACUAACUUCCAGCUCUUCAAAUUUUCCUGAAAGUGACAUUCCUGCACAGUUUACAAGCAUGUCCACUGGACCCAGUAUUUCCUGGGCUUGUUUUAUGACGUUCUCCACUUGGUUGUAGUCUUGAGAUACAUCAACUGAUACAAAGCACCACCUGUUUAUCAUUAACAGACUGCUUUUCAAUUUCUUUGCUUGUCCUCAUUUCGUGCCACCAGAGUGAUAAACGCCCCUUGUCUAUAGCACUCAAUAGCAAUACACUUUCUGAUGCCACUGGAGCCUCCUGUAACCACCACAUGCGCUCUGGGCAGCGCGAGGGGCUUGGGGCUGAUGAGCGGAGACACCAUGUAGAGCAGCAGCAUGAAGGCCACGAGGAAGGCGGCCACCAGCAGCAGCAUCGUGGGGACGGGCUGGGCGGGGGGGCCGGGGCCGUGCAGGGCUCGGGCUUAGCUCUGCGCUGCCCGGUGGGCACAGCAGGAACGGGCUCCCAAUAUUUUUAAGAAGCAUGAUUCUGGAAUUAGAGAGAGGGAUGUGACAGUUUCUUGUUUUAGAUAAAUUCCUGUUAGGUUUCCAUCCUCUGCUUGCCUACCUCUCUCCCUGUCCUUAGCUCCAAAAUCCUAGUGCUGACCCAAUCCAACCUUGUGGAUUCAUAAGUUACAGUCUAAUUUAAGUUCACCAUUGUUUGUGAACUAGGGCCCAUAACCCCUAGGAUCAUUCUUGUCUGCAGAGGGAAAUGAAAUUGUGUGCUGUAGGUGGGCAGUAGGGAGGGGAUGGAGAAAGGGAGUGGAGAGCAGUACGUACAGGAAAAGUAGAGUUGACGUUAAUGUUAGUGUGAGUGGACGUGCUGCAGCUGCCACAGAACAGCAUUUGGACUGAGGCUACAUCAAUAAAGGCACUGUCUCUAGAACAGGGAGGUGGGCUACACUAUGUUGAUCAUUCAUUCUACUGAUAGUUGCUGAGGGACAGAUACAUUUGCAUCUGGACAACAUCAGGGAACUAAAACCAGACAAAAAUUGGCAGCCUUGUGGAGCGAGUGUUCUACUGGAGAGAGACUAGAGACUAUAUCCAUUGCCGUCAAUCCUGACUCACAGCGACAGUACAGGACAGAAUAGAGCUGCCCCAUAGGGGUUCUAAAGAGUGGCUGCUGGAUUUGAACUGCUGACCUUUUGGUUAGCAGCCAUAGUUCACCAUAGCUCUUGACCACUGCACCACCAGGGCGAUGAGCAUAGUCAAUAAGGGAAGUGUUUAUGUUGGAAGGAGGGAAGUGCUAUGGGUAAGGUGAUCCAGAGUGUCAGUGUGAGAGGAGAGGGGAGACGACUGGUGUAACUCAGGUGGUCGGCAUGGGUCUCACUGAGAAGUGGCCUUUGAGGAAAGAUUUGAAGGACAUGAGGGAAUUAGCCAUGAGGAUGCCUGGGGAAGGUCUUCCAGGCAGGGGAACAUCCAGUGCAAACACACUAGGGCAGGAACGUGCCCGUGUUCUGGGAGCAGCGAGGAGGGCAGUGGGGCUGGAAGAGAGAGUAGCUGAGAUGAGGCCAGAGAUAUAGUCAGAUCAUGUGGGGCCCUUACAUCAGAAGGUUUUUUUUUUUUUCUUUUUCCUCUGAGUGAGUUGAGGAGUUACAAGACAAUUUUGAGCAGAAGAGAGACAUGGUAUGACGGCUUUUAAAAAGAUCACUCUGGCUUCUGUGUGAGAAAAAAUCAAGUGGUGGUGGAUGAAAAAGUCAGUAGGAAAACACUGGGAUAUUCAUGCAGUUUUCAAGCUAGAGAUGUUGGUGGUUUUACCUGUGUGAGCAGUGAAAAAAGUGGGAAGUGACUGGAUUCUUGAUUAUUUUGAAAUUGAACUCUGCAAGAUUUGCUAGUGGAUUAAAACUGGAGUAUGAGAGAAAAAGUGGGGUCAAGGAGGACACCAAAUAUUUUGGACGAUGCAAUGUCACUGAACUGUGCAUGUAGAAAUUUUUGAAACGGUUUAUCUUUGGCUAUGUGUAUUUUCACCAAAAAAAA